UGCUUGCAAGCCUUGGACGAGCCCCCUUUUUACCGCCCUGUCAGUGUUGAGGAGAAGGGAAGAAAGAGAGAGAGAGAGAGAGAAUGAGAGAGCAACUCUGUGACAGAGGCAAAGAGAAUGAAACGGGCUGCUUAGAGAAGUGAGAGAGCAGAAAGGAGGAAAUAAGGAAACGUACACUACCGAGCAGGAAGAGGGAGGAACGCAGACGAGGGACUCUUUCUCUUCUCGCCACAAGGGGCACAGUCACUACUUUUAUCCACUUGACUUUCUCGAUGAAACCUCAGUGGACCGGACUAACCAAUUAGUGGAUUUGUACGACCGCUUUGUGCUGCAUCCUUCGGAAACUGGCACAACCGUUGCGCAAAGUGAGAGGACUCUCUGUUUCUGCGCUCGCCUCUUCGCGUUCACCGGUCCGUGCGCAAAGUGCAUCUGUCGGCAAUCGGUGCUGAGGACAUCUCCCCUCUGUCAUCCAAGACACCGUUGGAUCAGGCUUCAGAGUGGAGAGGCAGAGCAUGUGCGUGUGUGUGUGCAUGUGUGUGUGAGUGUGUGUGUGUGUACGAUAGAGAGUGGUGUGAGAGCGAGAGAGAGAGAGAGAGACCGUUUGAAUCAGUGUGUGCAUGAGGCAGAGGCAAAAGUGAUCCAGCUUGAAUAGAGAAGGGAACCCAUACUUCCUCUCCCUGUGUUCCUUUGCCAUUCCUUUCCUCCUCCUCUCUUCCCCCCCCCCCCCCUCUCCCCGCUCCUCUCCCACUCUCCAAACAUUCACAGGACCGCUUAGCUUCUCUUUGCAACUUCUCUUCCCUCCCCAUCCUCUCUACCUCUCCCCUUUUGUCACACCUUGAUCCGACACCCACGGCGGACGAGCGCGCCACUCUUGGAAUCUUGAGGGAAUAUUUCCUUUUCGUCCGGCAACGAGAGAGACUGAGGGACAAGUCUGCCUUGUAAGUGGGGCUCCAGACCACAUUGAGACAUUAGCGUCUUUUCCCAGCUGUUGUUGCAGCACGCGGACACUUCCCUUUCCCUCUUGUGGAGCCACGAGUGACAGCUGUGUGGACAAGGAAGAAAGGAUCCCUACAAGCGUUCCACUCCUCCACUAUCAGUGUUUGCUACUGAGCAGCCCCCCCUCUCCACCCCCACCCCCGGUGUCACCAUUCCCUGCCUCAGUGCUAAGGAUUCCAGCUACAUGGGCAAGCGAUUGGAGCAGCAGCCAAUGUACCCUCAGUACACCUACUACUACCCCAAUUAUCUCCAGACUAAGCAGCCCUAUGCUCCACCCCCUCAUCCCAUGGCUCCUCCCAGCCCCAGCACCAACAACUGCAGCCAGGGAGCGGCGGAGCAGCUGAGUAAGACCAACCUGUACAUCCGAGGCCUGCCACCCGGGACCACCGACCAGGACCUCAUCAAACUCUGUCAACCGUACGGAAAGAUCGUGUCGACAAAGGCCAUUCUGGAUAAGAACACCAACCAGUGCAAAGGCUAUGGCUUUGUUGAUUUUGACAGCCCAGCUGCGGCGCAGAAAGCCGUGUCGUCUCUCAAAGCCACCGGGGUGCAGGCGCAAAUGGCCAAGCAACAAGAGCAGGACCCGACCAACCUGUACAUCUCCAACCUGCCCAUCUCGAUGGACGAGCAGGAGCUGGAGAAUAUGUUGAAACCUCUUGGUCAUGUCAUCUCCACCAGGAUCUUGAGGGACGCCAACGGAGUCAGCCGGGGAGUUGGCUUCGCCAGGAUGGAGUCGACGGAGAAAUGCGAAGUAGUUAUCCAGCAUUUCAACGGAAAAUACCUGAAGACCCCACCAGGAAUUCCAACUCCCACGGAGCCGCUGCUGUGUAAAUUUGCCGACGGUGGCCAAAAGAAGCGCCAGAGUCAGAGCAAGUACCCUCAGAACGGGAGGCCGUGGCACAGGGAAGGCGAGACUGGCAUGGCAUUAACAUAUGAUCCUGCUGCAGUGCAGAACGGGUUCUACUCUUCGCCUUACAGCAUCGCCACCAACCGCAUGAUCGCACAGACCUCCAUCACGCCCUUCAUCGCUGCUUCACCCGUUUCCACAUAUCAGGUCCAGAGUACAUCAUGGAUGCCUCAUCAACAAUACGUUAUGCAACCUACAGGUGCAGUGAUCACGCCAGCCAUGGACCACACUAUGUCCAUGCAGCCUGCCAGCAUGAUGGGUCCCCUCACCCAGCAGAUGAACCAUCUGUCCCUGGGCACCACCGGAAGUUACAUGACUGCCGCAGCCGCCGCCGCCGCAGCAGCAGCGCCUAUGCAAGGGACCUACAUUCCCCAGUACACUCCUGUGCCUCCAACAGCCGUCCCUGUCGAAGGAGUGGUGACGGAUGCCUCCCCGCAGACAGUGGCUCCCUCAUCACAGGAGGUGACUGGCCAGCAGCAACAGAUUCAAGUCGACGGUGCCACCGACCACGUUUCUGCUUACUCGUACCAGUCCAAAUAGCAACGGCCUGAGAGAAUGUUCCUGUGACAGCGUUGCCUUGAGACAAAAGGUGGCUGCACUGUGAAUGUGAGAGGGGAAUGUAGGGGAAGAGAAAAAAAAAAGCGAUUGCUUCCAGAUUGCCCAGGCACCAAAAAAAAAAAGACACUUUUUUUUUCAUUUUCGACCUGGUCAACUAGGGGGGAAAAAAAACAAGGAAGCAAUGGCUGCUGAGAAAAGGGGUGUGGGAUAUUACGGGGCACAGUGCAAAGAAAUUAAAUUGUUAUGUGUGAAAACCUGCCCAAAGGGCCGGGCUGAAGCUAGGAAAUUUUCUCAAAGAAAAUCCUCAACCAAUUAAACAAGACAAAAAAAAAAACAACCAAAAAAUACAGAAAAACGACACAAAAAAAGGUUGAAUGUGAAGGUGAACUUUAUUUUGUAAUUAGAAAUGGGGAGUCAUGUUUGAGAUACACACAGAGAUUGUCUUCCUCAGAAACUAAGCUAAAGGUUGUUUUCACUAUUUUUUAUGUUCUAGUGUUCAAUUUUACUUUUCUAGAUAUAUUUGAAAACAAUUUUUUUUGGCGGGGGGGGGGGGUGGGGGGGGGGGAUUCUUUCUUUCUUGAAUCUUCAUGGCCUUAAUUUGAAGGGCACCAGAGACUUCGCAAGUUCAAGUCUGACGUCUGUUUGGCAGUUGGGGAUGAGGGGGACAGAAGUCUAAGCGAAUCAAUAUUUUGGACCACUUGGAAGGUUCAAGAAACUGGAUAAGUCGAUUAAAAAGGAAGAAGAAUCUAUCACAUAAGCUGUACAGGUUUAAUAGAAAAGAGUUUUUCUUUUUUUCCUUUUCUUCACAAGAAGAAUGCUUUGAUAACGAUUAUGUCAGAUGUAACAAAUGUGUUAAAAGAACUAAAUGCCUGUUGCGGAAAAGACUUGAGCGCUGAAGAGAUUUUUCACAAUGAGGAAACAAAAAAAGAAAAAUAUAAGGAAAUGUGCUGUGUCGUGGAUGCAGCUUUUUUUUUUUUUAAUGGUCAUCAUUCUUAUUUUACGAAGCAAUGUUGCCGUCAAUGACAUUACAGCUUUUUAUCUGCCACAUUUUACAUUUUUUUAUGAGCUUUAAAAUGUUUUUAGCCCGCUUUGCUUGUCACACUGCAAAUCUUCAUGAAAACAAGAAAAAAAAAUGUAUAAAAUGUACAAAAACACACACAAAAAAAUAAACUGGCAGUGAAACAAAAACAGUAGAUAGAGUAUAGGAGCUUACGGUUGAGAUCAAUCAGUGCAAAAGCAAUAGAGGAAAUUGUUGACAAUUUCUGUAGUCUUUCCUAGUUGUGGAUCAAAUGCAGCCCAUGGACGGCCAUUUUUAUACCAAAGAUGAAGAGGUUGUUGAUUUUUUUUGUGUUUGUUUUCCCACGCCUCUUUUUUUUCUGUUGGUUGUUGUUGAUGUUAAUGAUGUUGUCAAUGUUGGUAUUGCUGUUGUUGUUCUGGUUGUUCUUGAUGUUGUUAUUUUUUUGUUUGUUUUUUUUUUACCUUGACGGCCGCGCCGGUCCUUAAGGAUCCUUCAAAUCACAUGCACACACACUCACACAUGCGUCAAAAAUGUAUUUUGAUGCAUGACAUGGCACCAAUGGCAGUUUUUUUUUUUUCCAUUUCAAAUUUUUUGUAGAAUCGUACAGGGAAAUUCAAAUAAACAGAUUGGGGAAUCUUGCUCGAAUUCAACACGGCCGUUGGAUAUUAAAUGACAUUAACUUCAUCAAAACAAAACAAAUGAGGGUUCUUUACUGCAUUCUUUAGAGCCAAUACAUCGUCACCAUUACAAGAAACAAUUCCAGAGGAAAUUCAACUGGUCUUGAAGUUGUACAAGCAACCAGAGUCCAAACCGAUUAUAAUGCAUUUCAGCAUUUGAGCUUUCGUUUUAUCUUGCAAGACUUUUAUUUGACUUUUAGGGCUUCACAUUCCUGACCAGUGACAAUCCUGCAAAGCACGGCGCAUGGCGUAAUUCUCUCUGGAGGCAGGUUAGAUCUGAUGUUGGUACUUUCUUAGAUGAGCCCGGGCUGGCACACUCGGGAGGGAGGGCUGCGCAGCAGAGGGAGUGAUCACAUUCAACUUCAAUCAUGCCCAAUCAAAGCGUCUCUUUUCAGUCGAGUGUAAAUCUGCCAGCACGCCCAGAGUAGUGAAGUCCGGUCCGCAAUCUGGCGUUACGCCGAUACGAUUAUCAGCAUCCGGCCAGCUGUCAAUACCCUUCUUUGUUGGGUUGCACAAAAAAAACCUUUGCUCAUCUCAUUCGACCUUUCCAUCCACAAGAUUUCAUCCUCGAUAAUUGUUUUCAAGCAUUAACCCCCCCCCCCACCUCCUCCCCACAAUGGUGCUAGAACUUUUGUCCCUCCCUGUUUCGCUGGCAUCACCUCAGUGUCUUUCUCUCCCUUGUGCCCCCCCCCAAACCUUCAUGCCCUCCAUGAUUUUUGUUUUCUUUAUGUGGGAGUGCAGAAGCAGAACCGCAAACCAAUUUCAGUCAUGCUCUAAAUGAGGCCUGACCAGUCCAAUUUGUCUCCUUCUGAGACAAUCGGAUCCACUCCAUUGUCGCUCAAUAUAACAAUUCCUUCCAGAAAAAGAGGGGAAGCUUUUUUUGACUUGCUGAUGAUCGUAAUCAAGCCCUGGCUGCCCGAUGAACCGUUCGAAUCUUAAAUCCAGUGUUGUUGCAUUUUAUCGCAUUUUCCAUCCGUCCGUUUUCCAAUCCGCUUAUCCUCGCAAGGGUCGCGGGUGUGCUGCAGCCUGUCCCGGCUGUCAUCGGGCAGUACUGGUUGCCAGCCAAUCGCUGGGCAGGCAUAGACGAACAACCAUCCGCGCUCACACUCACACCAAGGGACAAUUUUUUCUUACAAUAUGUCUGUUAUUUAUUACAUAUGAGAAUUUUAAAGCUUGGUAGAGAUUUUAGCAAGCAUCAUGUAAGGUGAUUUGUUUUCACGGGCCACAUAAAAUGAUGUGGCGGGCCAGAUCUGGCCCCCCGGGCCUUGAGUUUGCUACCCGUGAUUUAGAGUGUUCCACAAAUCGCAUUUCCCAGAUUCUGAUUAAUGAAUGAUUCUAUCUGCAAAUCUUUAUUGAUUUCAUUCAUUCAUUCAUUCAUCUUCCGAGCCGCUUGAUCCUCACUAGGGUCGCGGGGGGUGCUGGAGCCUAUCCCAGCUGUCUUCGGGCAGUAGGCGGGGGCCAGCCAUUCGCAGGGCACACAGAAACGAACAACCAUUCGCACUCACACUCACACCUAGGGACAAUUUAGAGUAUUCAAUCAGCCUGCCACGCAUGUUUUUGGAAUGCGGGAGGAAUCCGGAGCACCCGGAGAAAACCCACGUAGGCCCGGGGAGAACAUGCAAACUCCACACAGGGAGGCCGGAGCUGGAAUCGAACCCGGUACCUCUGCACUGUGAAGCCGACGUGCUAACCACUGGACUACCGGGCCGCAACUUUAUUGAUUUCUCAGUAGAAUUCAUUGAGAAUAAAAUGACCCAUCGAGGACUGCAAUCAGAAUGGCGUUCAGUCAAAGUGAACAUUUGAGAUCACAAUCGAAUCGCAAUUGUGACUUUCCAACACAACGUAGCUCGCUAGACUUGUAGUCUGGAAAAGGGAUCUGCUCUCAGACCUGGAUCUGACCCACUAGUCAGUUCCCGCACCACCCUCAUGGAGUCAGUUUGAGCACAAGCAUGCACAUUAGCGGCCUCCGGGAGGUCGUCGGCAGUGCUCCUUCUAUUCUAUUGUUGUUGCCUUCCUGCUCUGCUAGCUUGUCUCCUGGUAGCUCCUUCCACGUGCUUGACACUGCCUGAAAAGACGUAGCCGACCUUUUGCCCCCUCCCGGGCACAUCUGGUUGGGCCACAGGUGGGAAGAGUGCUACUUGAAGUCUCCUUUGCAACAGCGCUGAACUCCAUUCGCAAUUGUGCUGUUGCAUUCUCACUGGAUUGGCUCCAGCAAGUGUGGUUGAUUCGGAUUGGUCGUGUUUCGUUCUUUGCAAUCGAACUGUACAUUUAGUGCCUUUUAACAGAUGUCAUUCUACACGGCCUCUGUGUUGUGUAAAGCACAUUAAGGGGCUUGGUUGAAAAGUGUAACGCCAAGUACGUAACAUUAAAGCAUCGAUAUCGGUGGCUGCCUUUACAGCAGCUCCGAUAUUUUUUGUUCUUCUACAUUCUUGAUCUGUUUGAUUGAUCGCAGCUCUCGUUUGACCCGUCGCUCGCCAUCCAUACCUGAGGUUUACCUCCUAUGAAAUUCUGGGCCGUGGUAGUACUACCACGGCCCCCACUUUUUAUUCCUUUCCUGUGAUUUCUUCGCCUCCCGUGUGCGCAAGGAGUUGUUUUCCUGAGCAAUAGUGUUUCUCAACGCGGGUACGGCCGUGGCGCGGCUAUAAAGUUCUCCUGACAUUAAUUAUCCAAAUAGGACUCGUAAUACAAAAUGUGCACAUUGGCGAGUCUAGCGAUUUCCCAGAAAAUGGCCUGAGAUUCAAUCGUAAUGGAAUUAUGAGAGAAGGAAGGGG